AUGCUUAGAUUAAGAAAUUUAACUCUUCAGGGGACAAGGUUAUACUCCACUAUACCCAAACCAGAAAUUCCAAAGACUCAACAAGAAGCAAAUCCAACAUCAACACCAACAUCAACAAAACCAUUAAGUCAAAGAGAACAAAUUACAAAUAGACAAAGAAUAGAAUUAGCUCAAAAUGGGAUUAAAGAUAUAUUCGAAGGGUUCUUAACAAGUGAAGAAUCAUAUGAUCCGAUUGAUACUAAACCAAUCAUGGCAAAUCCUCCAUUAUAUAUUAAUUUAAGUGAAUUUCAAAGACAACAAGUUCGUGAAGAAUUAGAUAAAAGAUCAAGACAAAAUUGGAAUAAAUUAACUUCAGAUAUGAAAAAAAUGUCAUAUUUUCAUUCAUAUGGUAAUUAUGGACCAAGAGAAGAUUUAAGUAAUAAUUGGAAUAAAUUAAUAGCACCAGAAGAUUUACCAUUUAAAAUUCCAUCAAUUUCUAAAAUUGCUAAAUUACCAAGUGAAAAAAUUCAUAAAUUAGAUGAAGUUGAUUUAGAACAAGUUUCACCUAAAAGAAUUGAAAAUUGGAAUAAAAUGACAAGAAGAUUAGAUCCAUUUACUAAAAGUAUUGUUUAUAUUGCUGCAUUAGUUAGUCUUUAUGCAUUAUAUAAUGAUAAAAUGAUGGAAAAAGAAGGUAAAAUUCCAGAUUAUGAAGAAUUAGAAAAUAUACCUGAAAGUUCAUUAGUUUUAAUUGAUUUGAAAAGGGAACAAGAAUUAGCAGAUUUAAAAACAAAACAAGAACAAAGUGAAGUUAAAAAUCAAAAUAAAAAAUGGUAUUAUUUAUGGUUGAAAUGA